AUGUCCGCAGUCCCCAAUUCCGUUCCAGAGAACAAUACCACCCCUGCUGCUGAGGCCGCCGCCGACUCCUCCCAGGACCAGGCCCCCGCAACCACCACCGACACCCCGCCUUUGGCGGAGACUCCUGCUCCCACCGAGGCCGCGCCCCUCAUCAGCGAGGCCCCGGUGGAGUCUGCGGUCGUCGACGAGGCUCCGGCAGCAACAACAACUGCUGCUGCUGCUGCCACUCCCGCCCCCGCCGACGAGAAGGUCGAGGAGGUGUCCAAGGUCGAGCCCGCACCGGCCCCGGAGGUCGCUGAGCAGCCUGUUCCUGUCGUCGAGACUGCUAAGGCAGAGGAGACGCCCGAGGUAGAGUCCGCCAAAGCCGAAGAGACUAAGGCAGAUGCUACCCCGAAGGCAGAGGAGUCCGUCAAGGAGGAGGUGGCCAAGGUAGAGGAGACCAAAGUAGAUGAGGCCCCCAAGCCCGAAGAAACUGCCAAGGUAGAUGAGACUACAAAGGUGGAAGCGACGGAGGAAUCUUCCAAGCUUGAAGAGACUCCCAAGGUCGAAGCAGCAGAAGAAACUGCCAAGGUCGAGGAGACUCCAGUGACGGAGGAGACUCCGGCGACAGAGGAGACUUCCAAGGUCGAAGCAGCAGAGGAGACUGCCAAGGUUGAGGAGGCUCCCAAGGUCGAUGAGACCCCGAAGGUGGAGGAGACCAAGCCAGAAGAGACCAAGCCAGAAGAGUCUCCUCAGGCACAAGCGACAGAGGAGACUCCAGUGACAGAGGAAGCUCCCAAGCCUGACGAGACUCCCAAAGUUGAGGAGACCAAGGAAGAGACUCCCAAGGUAGAGGAGACUCCAAAGGUCGAAGAGACUUCUCAGGCUGAAGAGACCAAGCCUGAGGAGACUCCUAAGAUUGAGGCGACAGAGGAGACUCCAAAGGCGGAUGACACUCCCAAGGAGGAGGCCAAGACAGAAGAGACUCCUCAGGUUGCAGAGACUGUAAAGGCUGAGCCUGAAGCAGCUACCGAAGUUGAUGAGAAGCCUACCCCCGCCGCUGAGGAGACUGUCAAGGCUGAGGAGACAAAAGAGGAAGCGACUCCCAAGGUUGAGGAGACUUCUCAAGCUGAAGAAGCUCCCAAAGCAGAGGAGACACCAAUCGUUGAAGAGACUGUGAAAGCAGAGACACCAAUCGUUGAGGAGACCGUGAAGGCUGAAGACACGCCCAAGCCUGAAGAAGCUUCCAAGGUUGAAGAGGCUCCUAAGCCUGAAGAGACCAAGGCAGAAGAUACCCCUAAGACUGAGACGACUGCGAAGACUGAAGAAGCUCCAACGGCCCAGGAGGUCGCACAGAGCGAGGAAGCCGAAGCUCCGAAGGCCGAGGUUUCAGAGGUGGUCAAGGAAGAAGUGACCCCAGCGCCAGAAUCCAGCUCCGUUCCUGUGAAGGAAGAGGCUGUGGAAGAGGUCAAGACUGAUGAGGUUGCCAAAGAAGAACCCAAAAUCGAAGCAUCUACCGCCGCUGUUGACGAAGUCCCUGUUCCCGAGAAGAGCAGCGAAGAGGAGGUCAAGCUUGCUCCCGAGGCGGCAGACGCUGACAAGUCAGUCGCCGCCGAGACCCCAGAAGCGACACCGGCCGUUGAGGUGACUGCCGAGCAACCAGCUGCUGAAGUUCCAGAGGUAGCAGCACCAGAGAAGGAGGCUGUGCCAGAAGCAGAGGAAACUCCAGCCGAGAUACCAGUCCCUGAAGCUCCUGCAGCUGAGGAGAAGGCCACCGAGAAGGUCGAGCCUACCCCAGAAGUGAGUGAAAAGAAGGAAGAGCCAGCACCUGAGCCCGAGCCGGUGGCGACGGAGGAGAUCAAGGCUUCAGAAGGGACUGCAAGUGAAGUCAGGCCAACAGGGACAGAGUCGGCUGCCGUGGAGACUCAAGAAAUUCCUGAAGCGAAGGAAGUUGCUGCCGAACAAGCUGUGGUAGCAGAGACCCCGAAGGCUGAGGAGGAAUUCAAGCCUGAGGAGAUUUCAAAACCUGAAGCGACUUCCGAUCAAAAGAAAGAGCCCAAGUUGGAAGACGUGUCUCAGCCUGAGGAGGCCGCUAAGGUUGAAGCUUCUGAGGCUCCAGCAGCAGAGGAGGUGCUCAAGACUGAAGAGACCAAGCCUGCGGAAGAGGUCAAGGCUGAAGAGACUUCCAAGUCUGAGCAGGCCACAGCAGAGGAGACCAAGCCUGCAGAAAAGACCAAGCCUGUGGAAGACGUCAAGCCCGCAGAAGUCAAGGCUGAGGAAAAGCCAGAUGAUACAACAGCACAGGCUGCAGCGCAGCCAGAGGUUCAGGAUGAGGUAAAACCUGAAGAGACAUCCAAGCCUGAGGAAGCCACAACAGAGGAGGCGCCGAAGCCUGCAGAGGAGAUCAAGCUUGCAGAGGAGACGGCCAAGCCUGUGGAAGAGGUCAAGCCCACAGAGGUCAAGGCUGAAGAGAAGCUGGAUGACACAACAACACAGGCUGCAGCGCAGCCAGAGGUUCAGGAGGAAGUGAAGCCCGAAGAGACAGACAAGCCUGAAGAGACCACAGCAGAAGACAAGCCUGCAGAGGAGGUCAAGGUUGAGGUCAAGUCGGCUGACGCCGCCAAGGUCGAGGAGGACAUCAAGCCUGAAGAGACAAUCAAGCCUGAAGAGACAUCCAAAUCCGAGGAAACCAAGCCUGAAGAGGAGUCUAAGCCUGCAGAAGACAUCAAGGUCGAAGACUCCAAGGCGGAAGUCGUAGCAGAGGAUGAGAAACCUGAAGAGGUUAGCAAGGUUGACGAGGAAUCCAAGCCUGAGAAGGCCACCAAGGUAGAGGAUACUUCCAAGCCCGAUGAACCACCCGUUGUGGCAGAGACCAUCCAGACAGAAGCUCACCAACCUGAAAAAGCUACAGAGACUGUCGAGGUUCCUCAGCCCGUGGAAGUAACCAGCACCGUGGAGGCGCCGGCCCCUGAGCCUUCCUUCGCUGCAGCGCCAGUUGCUGACGAAAAGGUGGAAGUGGCAGAUACCACUGCCAAGGAGGUGCAAAAGACUGUCAACGGGGUCGAGACUGCUGCUGAAACUCCAGUCCCUGUCUCAGAAGUCCCUGCUGCGGAAGAAACAGAACCCAAGGUGGAAAGUGUAAUUGCGGUGGAAGAAACAGUCGUUGUCCCAGUGAACGAGGUCAACCCCAAGGAACAAAUUGUUGUAGGUGGUAUUGAGCACAAGACGCCAGUUGUCGCAGUGGCCGAUGUCUCAGAAGAUGCGGCUGCCUCUUAA